CAAUACUUGUAUAUGCACCUGUUUUGCGGCUCUGUAUGCUGAUUGGUCCUGAUGGCUUACUAUGCUGAAUACCUCUUUGAUGCUGAGAGUUGAUUGGCGCACUUGACAGUUCAUCAGCAUUCGAAGCUCCGCCCCUUCUCUACUCAGCUGUAGGAGCUGCAUAUGAAAUGAUCUGGAAGUAAAAAGUCGCGUUUGCUGAGCUCACACACUCGUCUGCUGAUGAGAUUUACAGACAGCAGAUUUACUCCUUUAUGUCACUGUUCCUGUAGCUCGUGUUCUACAUUCUGCAUCUUUAGGUCCACACGAGUGUGUGUGAGUGUGUGUGUGUGAGAGAGAGAGAUGCAGCCAUGCCGUUGGUGAAGAGGAACAUUAAGCCACAUCAUGUGUGUCGUGUUGCUGUACCUGAGAACAUCGACUCUGAGCUGCAGUGUGUAACCAACAACACACUGUCUUCCAUCAUUCACCAACUCAGCAGCCUCAGUAAGCAUGCGGAGGACGUGUUCGGUGAGCUCUUUACUGAAGCUAACACUUUUUACCUGCGAGCGAACUCACUGCAGGACCGAAUCGACCGCCUCGCCGUCAAAGUCACGCAACUGGACUCCAAUGUGGAGGAAGCGUCUCUGCAGGACGUAAACAUGUGGAAGGCCUUCAGAAGCUCCGCUGCAGAAGAUCAGCAGGUCGUGUCCAGAAUCAGUAUCCCGAACCCUGUAGCUGAGAUGUACAGCAGCUGUGAGAAACCACCAGCACUCAGUGUGCUCUCCACAUACAGAGAAGAUCAUGUGGAUGGAAUGAAGUUCUACACAAAUCCGUCUUAUUUCUUCGACCUCUGGAAGGAAAAAAUGCUUCAGGACACAGAGGAAAAGAGGAAAGAGAGGAGGAGACAGAGAGAGCAGAGUGUUGAGGAUGGAACAUUACAUCGAGAAAACCGAAAAGUGCGUAAAGCGCGGAGUCGUCGUCAGGAGUGGAACAUGAUGGCACUCGAUAAAGAGCUGCGUCCAGAUCAAGGAAAUUCUCACAGUGUCCAACAGGGGGCGCUGUCUGAUAGCUCACUGUCUCCUGGAGUCAGGUGGAGUGGUUGUGAGAACUGUCCAAACAUUCCAGACCACGCCCACUUUUUGAUCAACCAUGCCUCAUCCAGUUCCAGUGAAGGGGCGGAGCACGAGUACCAGAGCAUUGGUGGAACAGUGGGCGUGGCUGAUAGUGUUCCCACUGGAUACAGGUUAAAGCUGUCCACAAGAGGCGGGGUUAAUGGUGACAUCAUACUUCCACCUGUAGACUACGGUUUGAUGGAAUAUUAUGCCAGUUCUGGUCCUCUUCCUUGUCCUCCUCCCCCUCCAGCCCCUCCCUCUUCCAAUCCUGGACUGUCCAGCUCUUCUUUAUCCUGCCCCCUCCCACCUAGCCCACUUCCAGGGCCACUUCUAACUCCACCCCCUCCAGGACCUCCACCAAUACUUCCUGCUUGGAACAAGGAGUCUCAGCCAAUCACAGAUGGGCGCAGUGACUUGUUGUCAGCGAUUCAAAUGGGUAUCCAGCUGAAGAAGGUUCAGGAGCAACAGGAGCAGCGAGCGAUGAGGGAAUGUUCAGAAAACGACGUGGCCUCCAUCCUGUCCAGACGCAUUGCUGUUGAGUACAGUGACACUGAGGACGAGUCUGAGCUGGACGUCAACGAGUGGUCCGACUGAGACUCUCACACACACACACACACACACACUAUCACACACACACACACACACUAUCACACACACACACACACACACACACUAUCACACACACACACACACACACACACACACACACACACACACACA